ACUAAGAAGAGGAAGAAUGGAGAAGCCACCUAAAGCCAAAUAUCGGAGUCACGGUAGCUUUCACCCUGAGGAGACCAGAAAGGGAAUGUUUGGGCUGAAGCUGAAGAAGAAGAAGAAAAAUAAAGCAGAGAAGGGAUUGAUCCUCACCAACAAAGGUGCACAAGAUGGGGACAUGUCUGAAGCACCGCAGGAAGGGGCUUCUCACCAGGAAGGACUGGAAGGAGAUUUGAUUCAUGACAAUGCUUCCCUCACUCCUGGUCCUUCGGCUCCCCCAAAGAGAAGAGCAAAACUGCUGACUAAGAUCCAUGAUGGAGAGAUCAAAUCUCAAAACUAUCAAAUCACCAUAACCAUCACCGAGGCCCGCCAGCUGGUGGGUGAGAACAUCGACCCUGUUGUGACCAUUGAGAUCGGGGAUGAGAAGAAGCAAAGCACAGUGAAGGAAGGAACCAACAGCCCAUUUUAUAAUGAAUACUUCGUCUUCGAUUUCGUCGGACCCCAAGUGCAUCUCUUUGACAAGAUCAUCAAGCUCUCAGUCUUACAUAACAAGCUGAUAGGAAGCAUCCUGAUUGGCUCUUUCAGAGUGGACGUGGGGACGGUGUACAACCAGCCUGGUCAUCAGUUCUGUGACAAGUGGGCACUGCUUACAGACCCUGGGGACAUCAGGACUGGCACCAAGGGCUACCUGAAGUGUGACAUCAGUGUAACCGGGAAAGGAGACAUCUUAAAGACCAACCCCAAAACCUCCGAUGCCGAGGAGCAAAUCGAGAAGAACCUUUUGAUCCCUCAAGGAUUUCCAUCAGAGAGACCUUGGGCCAGGUUCUACGUGAGGCUGUACAGAGCAGAAGGACUACCCAAAAUGAACUCCAGCAUCAUGGCAAAUGUCACCAAAGCAUUUGUGGGUGACAGCAAGGACCUUGUGGAUCCCUUCGUGGAGGUGUCCUUUGCUGGGCAGACGGGACGAACCUCCGUGCAAAAGAAUUGUGCAGAUCCUGUGUGGCAUGAACAGGUGGUCUUCAAGGAAAUGUUCCCUCCCUUGUGCCGGAGGGUGAAAAUUCAGGUGUGGGAUGAAGGCAGCAUGAAUGACGUUGCCCUGGCAACCCACUUCAUUGAUCUGAAGAAAAUCUCCAAUGAGCAGGAUGGGGAUAAAGGCUUUCUUCCAACUUUUGGACCUGCCUGGAUUAACCUGUAUGGCUCCCCCAGAAACCACAGUCUGAUGGACGACUACCAGGAGAUGAAUGAGGGCUUUGGGGAAGGUGUGUCCUUCAGGGGCCGGAUCUUGGUGGAAAUUGCUGUGGAAAUCCUCUCGGGUGGAGCCCAAGAGUCUAAGUUCUCCAAGGCUCUGAAGGAGUUGAAGCUGUCUUCCAAAGACAAAGACUCCAAAUCUUCUAAAGGCUCCAAUAAGGACAAGGCUGACAAAGCAGAUGAUGGCAAAGCCCAGCAGGCUGCUGACAAAACCAACUCUACAGAGGUGGAGGUGGAAUCUUUCACUGUACCCCCAGAGAUUAUGCCAGAAAAAUAUGAGGAAUUUUUACUCUUUGGAGCCAUUUUUGAAGCUACCAUGAUUGAUCGGAAGAUUGGAGACAAGCCUAUCAGCUUUGAAGUUUCUAUUGGUAACUUUGGGAACCUGAUUGAUGGAGGGUCUCAUCAUGGGAGUAAGAAGAAAUCAGCAGAGCUAACUGAAGAAGAUGUCCUUCCUCUGUUGCAUGAGGGAGAAAAAGAUGUGGCCCAUGAUGCUGCUGUUUCCAUGGCCUCCACCACUCACCCAGAGAAGCCUCUGGUCACAGAUGGGAACAGAAAUUACAACUAUUUGCCUUUUGGUGCCAAGAAGCCCUGUGUUUCUUUCAUCAGUUCCUGGGGAGACCAGACAUUCAGACUGCACUGGUCCAACAUGCUGGAAAAAAUGGCUGACCUCUUGGAAGAAGGCAUAGAAGAAGUGAGGGAGCUGGUCAAGGUUUCCGAGGAGGCACCGGAAGAGAAGAUGAAGGCUGUGCUCCGUGACUUCAUCAGCCAAAGCAGAGCCUUUAUCUCUGAGGCAGAAAAGAAGCCGAAGGUGUUGAACCAAACUGCGCUAGAUAAGAAACGACUCACGCUCUGUUGGCAAGAACUGGAGGCAAUGGCCAAGGAGGCUGAAGGGGUCAUUCAACAACAGAAGAAAAAGUUAUCUCUUGAUGAAAUGAUCCGUGAAACUCAGAACUUUGUGGAGAAAAUACGCUUUCUUGUGGAUGAGCCACAGCACACCAUCCCUGACGUCUUCGUUUGGAUGCUCAGUAACAACAAGAGAGUAGCGUAUGCCCGCAUUGCUGCCAAAGACCUGUUUUACUCCCCCGUCAGAGAGCAGAUGGGCAAGCACUGUGGGAGGAUCAAGACCCACUUUCUCAAGCUUCCUGGGAAACGGCCAGCUGGCUGGACUGUUCAGGCAAAAGUGGACAUCUAUCUGUGGCUGGGCUCCACCAGAUACUCCAGUGCCAUUUUGGACAACUUGCCGGCAGGUUAUGAAGCAGAGAUGCCCUCCAAGCCAUCUGGCACCUAUCACCCUCCAUCGGCCCUCCUCUACCAAGCCCAGCAUGUCUUCCAGCUGAGGGCACACAUGUACCAAGCCCGGAGCCUCAUUGCCGCUGACAGCAAUGGACUUUCAGAUCCCUUUGCCAAAGUCACAUUCCUGUCACAGUGCCAGACCACGAAGGUCAUUUCCCAGACUCUCUCUCCUACCUGGAACCAGAUGCUGCUAUUCAACGAGCUGGUUCUGCACGGUGAAGAGAGGGAGCUGGCGGAGUCCCCACCCCUCGUGGUGGUGGAGCUCUACGACAGUGACGCUGUGGGGAAACCAGAAUAUCUGGGUGCCACGGUGGCUGCUCCAGUUGUGACGCUAGCUGACCAGGACUAUGUGCCCCCAAAGCUGUGCUAUCACCCCAUCUUCUGUGGGAACCUCUCUGGAGGGGACCUCCUUGCUGUGUUUGAGCUGUUGCAGGUCCCUUCUUCUGGGCUUCAGGGCCUCCCUCCCAUUGGCCCUCCUGACUUCACACAGAUCUAUCCUGUUCCCUCCAACAUCCGCCCGGUGCUGAGUAAAUACCGCGUCGAGGUCCUUUUCUGGGGAGUCCGGGAAAUGAAGAAGGUACAGCUCCUCUCUGUGGACCGGCCACAGGUUCUCAUUGAAUGUGGGGGAAGAGGCGUGAAGUCCUGUGUGAUCCAGAGUUACAAGAACAACCCUAACUUCACCGUGCAGGCAGAGGCCUUUGACGUGGAGCUGCCUGAAGAUGAGCUUCUGCACCCACCGCUGAGCAUCUGUGUGGUGGACUGGAGGGCUUUCGGGAGAAGCACCCUUGUCGGCACCUACACCAUCAACUGUUUGAAGCAGUUUCUGUGCAAGGCCAGAGAGCCCCUUGGCCUGACCUCACAGACAGAUGGAGCUGGGGCCAGGCCAGAGUCACCGGCAACCACAGGGUCUUCCGAAAUCCUCAGCAACGCCCAGGAUCUCCCAACAGAUCACAUCUUUGUGGAUGUCGAGCCACCUCCCACAGUGGUACCUGACUCCGCGCAGGCCCAGACAGCCACCCUGGUUGACAUCCUUGACUCCUCUCCGAUGCUGGAGCCCGAACACAAACCUAUAGCCCAGGAGCCACCGAAAGAUGGAAAAGUCAAGCAAGAUUCCAGGAAGCCUUCCCGGAGAUCCACCAAAAGGAGAAAGAGGACUAUAGCGGACGAAUCUGCGGAAAAUGUCAUCGACUGGUGGUCUAAAUAUUAUGCCUCCCUAAAGAGAGCACAGAAGGAAAAGGAGAACAAUCCCAAGGAGAAAAGGGCCACAGAGGCAAAGCCAGACGAGGUAGUGUUGGAUAUAGAUGAUGGCCCCAAAAAGAAGAAAGACAAAAUCCUCAAGAAGAGAGUGAAAGAUGAUGGAAAUGACGGCGGGAUCCCAAACCUGGCUGUCUUGAAGAUCUAUGACGGUGACCUUGAGAGUGAGUUCAAUAAUUUUGAAGACUGGGUGAAGACCUUUGAACUCUUCAGAGGCAAAUCUACAGAAGAUGAUCAUGGUCUGGACGGAGACAGAGUCAUAGGAAAGUUCAAGGGCUCCUUCUGCAUCUACAAAAGCCCAGAGGAUGCUACCUCAGAGGACAGUGGGCAGCUGAGAAUCCAGCAAGGACUCCCACCCAAUCACCCCAUUCAAGUGCUGAUCAGGGUGUACAUCGUUGCGGCAUUUAACCUCAGCCCAGCAGAUCCAGAUGGCAAAUCAGACCCCUACAUUGUGCUCAGACUUGGCAAAACAGAAAUCAAAGACCGGGACAAAUACAUCCCCAAACAACUGAAUCCAGUGUUUGGAAGGUCAUUUGAGAUCCAGGCCACUUUCCCUAAGGAGUCCCUGCUCUCCGUCCUGAUCUAUGACCACGACAUGAUUGGCUCGGAUGACCUCAUUGGGGAGACCAAGAUCGACCUGGAGAACCGUUUCUACAGCAAACACAGAGCCAUCUGCGGCUUGCAGAGCCAGUAUGAGAUAGAAGGCUACAAUGCCUGGAGGGACGCGUCCAAACCCACAGAAAUCCUAACCAAGCUCUGCAAAGACAACAAGCUGGACGGACCACACCUUCGCCCUGGGAAGAUUCAGAUCGGAAAUCAGGUCUUCUCUGGGAAAACAGCCUUCACCGAAGAAGACUCCGAGGAAAUGGUGGAGUCUUAUGAACACUUGGCCCUCAAGGUGCUACACUCUUGGGAGGACAUCCCUGAGGUCGGGUGUCGGCUGGUUCCUGAGCACAUAGAAACCCGGCCACUGUACCACAAGGAUAAGCCGGGAAUGGAGCAGGGCCGUCUACAGAUGUGGGUGGACAUCUUUCCCAAAGACACACCUCAGCUUGGGCCUCCUGUUGACAUUUCACCCAGGAAACCCAAAGGGUAUGAGCUGAGAGUGACCAUCUGGAACACUGAAGAUGUCAUUUUAGAAGAUGAGAAUAUCUUCACGGGUCAGAAAUCAAGUGACAUUUAUGUCAAAGGGUGGAUCAAGGGUUUGGAGGAUGAUAGACAGGAGACAGACGUGCAUUACAACUCCCUGACCGGAGAAGGGAACUUCAACUGGCGCUUCCUGUUUCCAUUCCAGUAUCUGCCAGCUGAAAAGCAGAUGGUCAUCACCAAACGGGAGAACAUCUUUUCCCUAGAGAAGAUGGAGUGUAAGACCCCAGCUGUGCUGGUGCUGCAGGUCUGGGAUUUUGAAAGACUGUCCUCAGACGACUUCCUGGGCUCCCUGGAAAUGAACCUUAAUAGCUUCCCUCGGGCAGCCAAAUCUGCAAAAGCCUGCGAUUUGUCCAAGUUUGAAAAUGCAAGCGAGGAGAGCAAGAUUUCCAUAUUCCAGCAAAAGCGUGUGCGUGGCUGGUGGCCUUUUACAAAAAGCAAGGAGCUCACGGGCAAGGUUGAAGCUGAGUUCCACUUAGUCACAGCAGAGGAAGCCGAGAAAAACCCUGUCGGCAAAGCCCGGAAGGAGCCCGAGCCCUUGGCGAAGCCCAACCGCCCGGACACCUCCUUCUCGUGGUUCGUGAGCCCCUUCAAGUGCCUGUACCACCUGAUCUGGAGGAACUACAAGAAGUACAUCAUCAUCGCCUUCAUCCUCAUCAUCCUCAUCAUCUUCCUGGUCCUCUUCAUCUAUACCCUGCCAGGAGCCAUCAGCCGGAGGAUAGUCGUGGGUGGCUCCUAAGGGCAACGGAGGACACAGACCUCUUUAUGAUCACGUGCUGUGGGAGGUACUAUGGUGAUGCUAAAGGGAAAAGAUAAAGGGACCCGAUAACUGUCCCUGUAUCUUGGGGAUAAAUCAGGUCUUCCCUAGGAAGACUGAACCCUGGCAGGCUCUCCCUGCCCCAGUCUCAGCUACCACCUUCCAAAAUUUUAAAUCCCAAAUCUUGUUUUUGCCUACACUCCAGGAUAAUCAACGAUGACCUCGAAUUGACCUCAGUAAGCCUUCUCUCAAUGUAAUAGAUCGUAUUUUAAAAGAUCAAAUCUGAAUCUGAAAUUUUAUCAGAAGCCCCAUAUUUCAAAUAAAAUGUCUUCGUAAACAUUCAAAAAAGGCAGCUAGUAAAUUACUAUCUACUUAACAAGUCCCAAAUACCACUUGGUUUAAUCUUCACAGUUACCGGACACGUUCACUUCCAGGCUGUCAAACUGGCUUGACAAAAAUGUGUCUAAAUCAUCUAAACUAUUUCAUUGUUAAAAAUCCUCCCACAGAAGUGGUUCUCAGCCUGUGGGUCUCAACCCACAAAAGUAAUUUUGUGACUGGGGGUCACGGCACCAGAGUCGCAGCCUUAGGAAGGUUGAGAACCGCUGCUCUAUGGAGUGAAACCGCAGCCAGGUUACCUUCAAAGUCAACUGAAUACACGCAGUAGCAGUAGCGAGCUGUGAGAAGUUCUCUUGCAUUUGCUCUGUGGCACUUUCCAAAUGCAGCGUCCACAAUUUGAUAAAUUCUGUGCAUGUGAGUCAGGUGGGAAUUCUCAUUGGCUAGAUAUACAGCCCCCCGGCGAGCAUUGUGUCGCCACUGGUCACAGACUGUGACAGGAACGGCCCGUGCCACCUCUGCUCAUCCCUCACCGUCCCAGCAGGUGAGCCAGGUAGGUACAGAGUGUGAAAGCCCGUCUGAGAAACAGCAGCCAAUUCACUGAUGGAUGGCAUCAGCGCGCCUUGAAAGGAAACUCCCAGUCUCUGCAGAAUGUCCCUGCAUUCUGUCCUAUCUACAGUGGGGGUUGGGUUGAGGGGCCUCUUUUCUCAGUCAUAGUGAGGAAAUACAGGCUCUGAGAUGUUUGGCCUCCGUCCCCUCAAAGGACUUCCCCCCACCCCCAAUUUUUCUUCUUCCUAUCACCCAGGGUCGUUCCCCAGGUGGCACUGGGGAAACUAAGUUUGAGUUCUUCUCUCGACACUAGAAGCAUCAAGACAAUGGCUUUAAUUUUACCUUUUUGUUUGUUUGCUUUGUUUUGCUUUUGAGCUGGGGGUCUGCUAUAGUCCAUAUGGAUCUUAAACUUCCUAAAUGGCCAAGAAGAACUACGAUUCCCGAUCUCCCUGCUUUCAUUUCCUAAAUACUAGGACUAUAGACGUACCCCACCAUGCUUGGCUUCUUAUAUAUAUUUUAAUGCUAUUGCACAAUUGUAACUUUUCUAAAGUCAAAAGUGCUUACAUCUACAUAGAAAAUCAUUCUGGAAUGUUCCUUGUCCAUCAAAAACAGAAGGUAUGCUCUGUGAAAUUUUAAAAAAAAUAGAAGCUUAUAGUGCUGGUAUUCAACCCCAGAGCCUGGUGCAUGCUGGGCAAACCAUUCCACCAUUGAUUUGCAGGCCCUGUGAUUUUAGACUUGAGUACUGUUCACUCAGUUCUGGCUCUCGAUGCUCUAUCUCUUAGCAUCAGUACCAUCACAUUUUCCUGAAGUUCUGAGAAACAGAAGCUUGCUGCCUUGGCAAUGUUUCCUAGUGAGAUUGGCUACGUAAGUGGUGGUUCAUUCUCACUUCGCAGUGAUGUAUAUUCAUCCCUGAUGGAGAGGUCAGAUUGUUUGAUGUCAUGAGGCAUACGUAAUAAAUCCGUUCUAAGUAUUUGUAUAUGUGUUAGAAACCUAUACACAGCAUGUUGGAAAAAUAAAUAUGUACAUGAUGGGAAAUUUCUAGAGGAAUAUAACAACAUGAACAGUUAUCUAAGCAGCAUAAUCUUUUAUUUACCUCCUCCUUCUCCUAAAACUUCUUUAAUAAAUGUAAUAUUUUAAUGUAAAAAAUUUAAUAAAC